ACAAACCGGAUAUUAAAAUCAAACCCAGUCUUGCUUUUAUUUAGGAACGUUUCCUGCUGUGUUUUAUUUUCUUUAAAUACAAAAAUGUGGUUAUGUUAUGAGGAAAGGAGGAGGGUUUUGUUAGAAUGCCGGUGGAGAAAAGAAAAGGGAUGCAAAGCUGUUUGACCCGGAAGUGAUUUUGACGCUUGUGGCAGCUGGGUUUUCAUUUUAAAAAUGGCGACCGACAAAGGUUAUGUGUUUAUUAUAUGUGUAAGCUUUAUUCUUACGUUACUAUGGACCCGCGGUCAGUGUCGGCUACAUCACCUGGAGCUUAAGGAUGAUGUCCGUCAGAGAGUUCACCUCAACACGUUUGGCUUCUAUAAGGACGGCUACAUGAGUGUGAAGAUGAACAGCCUGAGUGUGAGCGGUCCUUCGACCGACAGCAUUGACAGCUCCACAAUCGGUUUCAGUUUGGAUCGCACGAGCAGUAACGGCUUCUCCACAUAUCUGGAUGAUGGCUUAGACUACUGCAUUCUGAAGAAGGUGCCCAGCAGUGAUUAUGCAGUAGUUCUCCUUCUGCUGGACUUCAAGAGGAACAGUGUGAAGAUGAAGACGUCUGCAGAGAAUGGGAUGUUUCCUCAGAUCGUGUGUGGUGUUCCAGAGACUGUAGCGGAAGAACAGAAGGCAAAAGAAAAACCUGUUGCUAAGGCUCAAUCUAAGCGUGAAGUAACUGAGAAUAAGUCUGAUGUCUCGUAUCCCUUGCAGCACAAAGACAAGGGCUACUCAUUUCAGUUUUACUUCAAUGUAACGGCAGAUGAGCAGCAAGGCCUCUACAACUUCUACUUCCACAACUGCUUCUCCUCCACAGCUGCCAACCCAGAUGCAUCUUCACUCACUUUUAGCAUUGAUAUCAACAUUGAAGAGAAAAAUCCGGACAGCUUCCUGUCCGCUGGAGAGAUUCCUCUCCCUAAACUUUACAUCUGCAUGUCGGUCUUCUUUCUUCUCAUCGGUACACUGUGGGUCCAUGUUCUCCGAACGCGCAGAGCUGAUGUGUACAAAAUCCACUGGCUCAUGGCAGCUCUUCCGUUCACCAAGUCCCUCUCGCUCAUUUUCCAUGCUAUCGAUUACUACUACAUCUCCAACCAAGGCUUUCCUAUUGAAGGCUGGGCCGUGGUCUACUACAUCACACACCUGCUGAAGGGGGCACUGCUGUUCAUCACUAUAGCUUUGAUAGGGACUGGCUGGGCCUUCGUCAAACACAUCCUCUCAGACAAGGACAAGAAGAUCUUUAUGAUCGUCAUCCCCCUACAGGUCCUGGCAAACGUAGCGUAUAUAAUCAUCGAGUCGACAGAGGAAGGCUCCAGUGAGUACGGGUUAUGGAUGGAGAUCCUGUUUCUGGUGGACCUGUUGUGCUGUGGAGCUAUCCUCUUCCCAGUUGUCUGGUCUAUUAGACAUUUGCAAGAGGCGUCAGCAACUGAUGGGAAAGCUGCCAUCAAUCUGGCUCAGCUGAAGCUUUUCCGCCACUAUUACGUGAUGAUCGUGUGCUAUAUUUAUUUCACCCGCAUUAUCGCCAUCCUCAUCAAGGUCAUCGUCCCCUUCCAGUGGAAAUGGCUUUAUCAGCUGCUAGAUGAACUUGCCACUCUGACCUUCUUCGUCCUGACGGGUCACAAGUUCCGCCCAGCUUCUUCUAAUCCCUACCUGCUGCUGUCUGUGGAGGACGAGGAGGACAUGGAGAUGGAUGAUGUGGUAACCACAUCCACGGCUAUGGGGGAGGGCGUAAAAAAAGUAAAGAAGGUGUCCAAUGGCCCAUCAGAGGAGCGGGAGAGCAUGGCAUGAUGGGACAAACAGUCUGUCCAGGAUGUCCCUGGACUUCAUGGCUAGUUACGACAUGGCAGGCAUUUGAACCUAAACUUGAGGAGGACACGGUGGAAAAUUUCCCACUGGAUGCGCUUAUGCUGGGACGUAGUGUAAUAUCUCUGUAAAUGUUUGACAGACUGUACAAAGACUCACUAACUUCCCCUUCUUUGUAGUUCUAAUGAAAACACUUGGUAUUGUGCUUUUGUCUUUAGUUUAUGCAGGUCGUUUUGCAUUUAUUUAUUAUUUUUAUUCUUUUUUUUAAUUGAUGGUCUCUCUUUCUUUUUUUUUUUCUUUUACUGGCACUUUACCCAACACACUCCGAGUCACUGCAGUGUCACUAUGCAGAUUCCUCUGUAUUCUCAAGAGCCUCAAGUUUACUUACAAGUCUUAUAAAUUUGAGUUGAAUUACUGUUCUCGGAAAGUGACGCAUAAAGCAUGACUGUAUUUCCUGUAUAAAUGUACAGAUCUGAGACAAUUGUACAGAUGCAAGAUUUCCUACCUUACAGGAUGAACCGUGACUUUGUCAUGUUUUCAGUAUCAGUUAUUAUUUUUAUUUGGACGAUUUUAAUAAUGUUUUAUGGGGGAAUCAAAGCGUUUCUUGUGUGGAUGUUGCAAGUGAAUGCACUGGGCUGUAUCUUACAAGUGUAUCAAUAAUUUAAUAAUACUUAAAAUGACAAAUCUUUAAUUAUCAUCAGUGUCAUUUGUGAGAUGGGUUUAUUUUAACUGCUUAAAUAUUUUUGCUUAUUUUAGAAACUUGUGGGUUAGAUAUGUCCUCAGUAUUAAAUUAUCCAGUUGUUUGAUUUAUUUUGAAUUUUUUCUACCUUUGUUUUUUUUUUUUUGUUUUGCAAUCUGUGUGAUGGCGAGCAGAUAUCAGGGAGAAAUGUCUAAUCAGUCAGUCAUCUCUGCAGAUUUUCUAAAAAGCUCCACCAUUUAAUUCCUUUUCAUGUCACAUAGGUAAGAUUCUAGAUGACACAAAUGGAUGCUCUUCUCACACGUAAAAUGUUUUUACACUCGUCAGUGAACAUCACUGCGAAUUCACAUCAUAAGGUUUUAAAAGAAUAUUUAAUUUGCCUUCUUUACACAACACUAAGGGUCAAAAGACAAAUGGGAUCUGAUUUCACAAGACAUCUAGUUAAAUAGAUUUUGGUGUCUAUUUCAGUUUAUUACCAUUUGCUUUUAGCUGCUACGUUCCAAAUAGAACAAUAAUUACAUAGCUUGCAAAAAAAAAAGAGGAAGCUUUUCUCGUUGCUUAAACCUAGCACAAUUUUUGCCAUGUGCUUCUAUUUUGAAUGAUCUACUAUUUACUGUCUUUAUGGUAAUGGUUUCAAUCAGUAUUUGAUCAUUUUGGUGUGGACUUCAUUUGCAUUUUGGAUAUUUGCUGUAAUUUUUGGUUUCUCAGUAUUUGAAGGAUUAAAAGUAAUAUAUGACCA